GGUUUUUGAACUAAGCAUAGAAAAGGAAACAAAAGUAGAGGAAUUUUGGCAGAGAUUGGAGAAGGAUUAGGAGGCAAGCCUUGUGAAUGGGUUGGUGCGUUUUAUGAUGAUCAUCAUGCACGCCGGCAGGCAGCUUUUCUGACCCCUUUCCUUCUCUUUCCCGGAAAAUAAAUAAAUAUCAAAAAAGAAAAUUCUAACCCCCACCCACCCAAAAAACAAACACCUAUUUUCAGCCGUUCCUUGCUGAAUUUAAAAAGACAGCUUCAAAGAAGAGCCAAGAAAAGAAAUCCCCCCCCCCCCACUGUUCAUCAAUUCUCUUCGGUUCCACCGAAAGGAAAAGUUCGAUUUAUGCUCGCUUAGAUUCCUUUCUCUCCUUCCCAAUUCAGUAGUACUCUUGUUGGUCUAUCAACCCAGGCUGUGAGCUGCAGAUUCAUUCAUGGAGAGGGUUUGUUUUUCUUGAGGUGGGUUUCGUUUUAAAUGGAUACUUUGUUCAGACUAGUCAGUCUCCAAUCUGAUCGGUCCUUCAACUCCAGCCGAACUUCCAGCAGCUCCAGGUCGUCCCGGCAAAACCCUAACCACAACGAGGAAGACGAAGAAUGCUUCGUUUUCAUGGAUGAAGAAGACUUCUCUUCUUCUUCCUCCAAGCACUACUACCCUAAUUACCAGCAUCACCAAUACCAACCUUCCCCCACUACCACCACCACCACUACCAACACGAGCACUCCGCCGCCGCCGCCGCAUCAUGGUUUCGAGUCGGCCGAAUUCUCCUUUUCUCCGGCCCGGGACUUGAGCCUCGAGUUCUCUUCCUCCCUCUCCGGCACCUGGGCUUCCGAUAUUCUUCUCGAGACGGCCCGAGCGAUCGCCGAUAAGAACAGUUCCAGGGUUCAACAGCUGAUGUGGAUGCUCAACGAGCUGAACUCGCCGUACGGCGACACCGAUCAGAAGCUCGCUUCUUACUUCCUCCAGGCUUUGUUCAGCCGGAUGACGGACUCCGGCGAGCGCUGUUACCGGAGUUUGGUCUCCGCUUCGGAGAAGACUUGCUCUUUCGAGUCAACGAGAAGAAUGGUUCUGAAAUUUCAGGAAGUUAGCCCUUGGACCACUUUUGGCCAUGUCGCUUGCAAUGGUGCAAUCAUGGAUGCUUUCGAAGGAGAGGGAAAGCUUCAUAUCGUCGAUAUCAGCAACACGUAUUGCACGCAGUGGCCGACGUUGCUCGAGGCUCUGGCGACGCGCACCGACGAGACGCCGCACCUCCGGAUCACCGCCGUGGUGGCUGCAACCGCCACGGCAGCGCAAAAGGUGAUGAAGGAGAUUGGAACUAGAAUGGAGAAGUUUGCUCGCUUGAUGGGCGUUCCAUUCAAAUUCAACGUGGUUCAUCACCACGGAAGCGAUCUUUCCAAUUUGAACGUGGAGGAAUUGGGAAUCCAGGACGACGAGGCUCUGGCCGUGAAUUGCGUCGGCGCUUUGCACUCUGUCGCGGCCGUCGGCGGGCGCCGGAGCACAGUGAUCUCGAUGUUCCGGAGCUUGCAGCCGAGGGUGGUGACUGUGGUAGAGGAAGAGGCCAAUCUAGACGUCGGCGUGGACGGACACGAAUUCGUGAAGGGUUUCGAAGAGUGCUUGAGAUGGUUUAGGGUUUACUUCGAGGCGCUGGAGGAGAGCUUCCCGAGGGCGAGCAACGAACGCCUGAUUCUGGAAAGGGCGGCGGGGCGGGCGGUGGUGGACCUGGUGGCGUGCCCACAGUCGGAGUCCAGGGAGCGGCGUGAGACGGCUGCGGGGUGGUCGCGGCGGCUGCAUGGGGCCGGAUUCAGCCCCGUUUCGUUCAGCGACGAAGUGUGCGACGACGUGCGGGCUCUGUUGAGGCGGUACAAGGAGGGGUGGGCAAUGGCACAGUGCCCGGAUUCCGCCGGAAUAUUCUUGUCUUGGAAGGAGCAGCCGGUGGUUUGGGCCAGUGCGUGGAAGCCGUCUUGAUCGUGACCGCCACAAACGGUGGUGGGUCACACGUGUGUGGGUUUUUUUUUUGUCACGUGCGUGACUGUGUAGUUAGUUUGCUUGGUGGGUUGAAGGGCAAGAUGAUGAGCGCAAUGGAAUUAAAGAGCAACACUUGACUGCUUUUUCAUUUUAUUGGAUGAAUGAAUGAAUGAAUCAACAGAUAAUGAAGUUAAAUAUUCGUAUUAACA